AGAGCAAGAACCAUAGCAACGGUUAAACAAAAAUGGCGGCCUCGGCUGCUGUGCUGUGGUCCUUUGCAUACAUUCUGUGUUUAUUUCUCUCGUUUAAUGUGGUGACCACGGACGAAAAUAUAACGAGCCCCACAAUUAAUACGACGGCGCCUGGUGACAAUUUUUUCAAGUAUAACGUUACGGACAAUUAUACAACUACACAGCCUACAGAGUUUGAGGCCACAAACCCGACGCCGACCUACAGCAGCACGGAGGAGCCCGUUCAGCCAACCGCACCCGCUAAACCCCUGCCCGUCUCCGGCCGCUUACCUAUCCCUGCGACCAACGUUGACAGGUUGUGUCCCUGUGACGAGGACAACGAUGUGUGUGAUAUAAACUGCUGCUGUGAUAGACAGUGUGGUGAGGAGGUGGCUCUGUUCACCGGCUGCACAGUGAGCACCGUCAGUGGAAACAAGCAGCUUUGCAGUAGUGAUGUAGCAUCUUACUCUUUAGGGAGUACCGUAGAUGGCUACUCAGAGCUUCAGACGUCUGUCAGGAAGGAGACAAAUUAUGACAUUUUCUGCAUUCAGUCACAAAACCGUGUUGAUGCAUUAUCUCAUCCCUCACCUGCUCUUCCAACCGACAUCAACUUUGACUCACUGUUUAAACAAUUUACAAGCUUUGUUUUUGGCUCAGAGGAAAACAGUAGUCAAGUGUCCACUGCAGAGCUCCAGGCCUCAUCUGGAUACCAGUAUGGGGAGGAGAUGUUGACAGCAGGGGAAAGUGGACAGACAGGGAUGUUCUGGCUGCCAUCACCUGGUGUCACUGCUGAUUGUGUGGACACAAGUCCUGCAGCAUUCUUAAAGGAACAGAGCAGAGGCUGUUCCCGCCGUGUGGUCCUGGAUCAGGACUGCGGCACUCUGCCAGCCUUAAACAUGGACACCUACACUAACAUCCAGCUCUUUGCUGGGAAAAAUAAAGAUGCAGCAGUUGUUCCUGUGGAGGUGGCUUCAGUCAUCCUGCAGUCUGUAGAUGGGACCCAAACUGAGUUGAAGAUGAGUGGAGGAGAAAAAAUCAGUCCUGUUCUCCUGAACCCAGGUCUCUGUGCUAAUGUGGUGCUGAAGGUUGUAUAUGUGACGAAGUACAACCCAGCCGGUGAGAUAAUGAAUGUGACGGUGUCUCUGGUGCUUGGAUUUAUCUAUGAAGCAGCUCUGCCCCUGAAACAGGAGUUUCACAUUACCUUUGUCCAGCAGGAUGGUGAGGAGGUGGCUGUCCACUACAGUGGAAAUCCAGGUUAUGUGGUUGGACUGCCUCUUGUGUCUGGAACAAGAGCAGCAGAUGGGAUUAUCAGAAGCAUCGACCUCAGAGACACACUGUCUCUUCUCCACAGUGCCAAGGACCAGGACUGUCUGCAGGGUCCACAUCAGCGUUCCCCUGUCCUGUUUGGUCAGGAUUCUGUGUCUGGCUGCACAUUGAGACUGGAGGAUGCUACCAACUGCUCCCUGGUCUCCCAGAUGCUUCUGGAUGUUCUGAGAGGACCAAACUAUCCCCAGUAUGUGGCUUCCUUUGGAAACUCCCCGUUAAGUAAUCCACUGGACUGGGUACAAAUCAAGAACGAUUUCAGUGUUGGGGAAUCCCAGAGUUGCAGCAUCCCAUUGUCACUUCAUUUGGAAAUUGAAUGGACUAAAUAUGGAUCGCUGGUGAACCCCCAGCCCCAGAUUGUGAGCAUCAGAGAAGUUAUCCAAACCAACACCAGCAGCUUGGCCCUAUUGUCUGGUGGCAGCAGCAUCCUGCCAAUCAGAAGCUCAGUGGCCUUCAUACCAGUAUCUGCUGCUGCUCUUCCUGGUUACAGGGCUAUACCCACCAUUGAUGCCAAACUGCCCUUCGACUUCUUCUUCCCUUUUGUCUGAGCCAACAGCUACCCAUCAGUCCAUGCAGGUUCCACUAACCAGUGUAUGGUAACAUCUUCCAUACACACUGAUAUGUGGUAUUGAUGACUACAAGCACUGUUUGUGUGAGCUAUUACUGUAUAUUGUGAAUGAUGUAUAUAGGAUUUUUGUAAGAUUAUUUAACAUUUUUUUAAUAAAUGAAAACACUUCA